ACAGCAAGAAAGAGAGAGAUGGAAAGGCCCUUCAUGUUUCUGGUCUUCCUCUUCUUUCUCUCUCCUCAGAUUCAAGCUUCUCUCUCUCAUCUCACAAGAGACCACUUCCCUCCUGCCUUUCUAUUUGGUGCGGGCACUUCUUCAUUGCAGGCUGGUGGAGGGUGCAGCACAAGAGGAUGGGAAAAAACCCAGUAUUGAAGAGACAUUUCCAGAUGGAAUACGUGGUUCGGAUAAACUUAAAGUGGCCGCUGAUCAAUAUCACAAAUAUAAGGAAGAUGUGAAGCUUAUGCAUGAGAUGGGUUUGGACGCCUACAGGUUUUCCAUAGCCUGGUCUAGGCUCAUUCCUGAUGGACGUGGAGCUGUGAAUCCAUUGGGUUUAAAAUACUACAACAGUCUCCUUGAUGAGCUCCACAGCCAUGGGAUUGCAGCACAUGUGACCCUAUACCACUUCGAUUUGCCCCAGUCACUUCAAGACGAGUAUGGGGGAUGGGUAGACCGAAGAAUAAUUGAGGACUUCACCGCAUAUGCAGAAGUUUGUUUUCGAGAAUUCGGGGACCGAGUAGUGGCUUGGAGCACCUUCAAUGAGCCCAAUUUUUUCACACUCGCUGGCUAUGAUGUGGGUUUGGCCGCACCGUAUCGUUGCUCGAUUCCUUCAUUUUUUAAUUGCUCAGAGGGAAACUCUUCAGUAGAUGGCUACCUUACUGCUCAUAACGUGCUAUUAUCACAUGCAAAUGCUGUUCAGUUAUACAGAGAAAGAUACCAGCCUAAACAAGGGGGUUCAAUUGGACUGUCACUCAUGUCACCCUGGUUUCUACCUGCUACAAACUCUUCCAAGGAUGUCGCGGCAACCCAAAGAGUAGUUGAUUUUCAAUUUGGAUGGUUCAUGGACCCUCUUGUACAUGGAGAUUAUCCCUUGAUUAUGAGACGGAUCGUGGGAUCUCGGUUGCCGACUUUUGGAGAAAAGGAGUCUAAACUGCUAAAGAGCUCCAUUGAUUUCAUUGGCCUCAAUCAUUAUACAAUAUUUUAUGUGCACGACGAUCUUGGCAACUGGGAUAUGAAUCAAACAGAUUAUAUUACUGAUGUUCAUGCCAGAGUUUCAUUUCCUGGUGUCAGUCCAUUCGAAGAGAAAGGGGAGCAAGAAUCUUUUCCUUCAGCAAUGAGUGACUUGUUGGAAUACUUCAAGCAGUCUUACAAAGAUGUCACGAUCUUUAUACAUGAAAAUGGGUUAGCGUUGCCUCAUGGUAAUACCCCUCCUUCUCUUGAGAGUGGAGAUGAUGAUCCUAGGGUUCAGUAUUUGCAAGGGUACUUGGAUGCCUUGCUCACCUCUAUAAGGAAUGGAUCAAAUGUUGAAGGGUAUUUUGUAUGGUCAUUUGUGGACUGUUUUGAGUUUGCUGCUGGAAAGGCAUUUGGUCUCUACUAUGUGGAUUUCGAAGACGCAAACUUCGAAAGGUACCCCACCCCUUCUUCUAUAUGGUACUCAAACUUCCUUCAUGGAAAGGAGGGAAGCAAAGUUAAGAGACAUGUGUACCAAACAGAGCUUUCAUCCUAUAUAUGAGGUGAUAAUCCAAAGCAAAGACCUCCAGUUCUCUACUUCACAGUAUGAAUAAGAUUGCAAACUCCGUUAGGCUAUUUUGCCAUGGAGGCGCCAUGUUUUGUAUCAACUUUAGCCUAUGAUGGGGCAGUGACCUUAAAGGAGGAUAUGGUGUUUAUGGCUUCUUACUAUGAUAUCUUGUAGAUCGACGUUUAAUCUUGUUGGAUGGCAGAGUGUAAGUUUAAGUCUUGUUGGAUGUGGAGUGAAAUUUAGCAUUCGUAUCAUAAAUCUCUCUAUACAAUGCGCUACCUUCCU